GCUGCCGGCUGGUCUCUCGCCCGUCGGCCGCGUUUGGUCAACGGCCGGACGGUUGAUGGGCGGGCGUGAGGGGAGAAGGCGACGGUGCCGGUGCCGGCGCCGGGCCCGGGGCGCCGCCUGACCGCUCGGAGCUGAGGCGGCGGCGUGUUUUGGCCGCGCCGGGCCGGCGUUUUCGCUUCCGGUUCCUCUGCAAGAUGGCGGCCGCGGCCAUGGCGGUAAAUUCAGUGGCCAGUUUGUGGGGCCCAUACAAAGAUAUCUGGCAGACGGUGGAGAGUGUGAUCUGGAGACAUCAGCCAGAAGCCGUUCAUCUGUUGGAUCUUACUCUCAAAAAGCAUAAACCAGACUUCAUCUCCCUUUUCAAGAAUCCAGCAAAAAAUGUACAACAUAGAGAGAAAGUGAAGAAAGCCAGCGUUGAGGGGAUUGUCAUCCAAGGUCAGCAGGGGACCAGGCUGCUUCCGGAACAGCUGAUCAGCGAGGCUUUCAUUUUGAGCGAUCUGCUUAACAUUGGGGAGCUUGCUGCAGUGGAACUGCUGCUGGCCGGUGAGCACCAGCUGCCUCGUUUCCCUGGCAUGACCCGAGGUUUGGUGGCUAUUCUGUUAUAUUGGGAUGGGAAAAGAUGCAUGGCACUGUCGUUGCGUUCCCUUAUACAAUCACGACAAGGCAAAACCUGGACCCUGGAACUUGGUUCAGAGCUUGUAUCCAUGACAACACGGUUUACAGACGAAUUGAUGGAGCAGGGGCUGACUCAGAAAGUGCUGUGCUUGAUCAAUCAAAUAAACCUCAACGAGGAGUUUGAAAAAUUGCAAGCUGCCCGUGGCCUGGGCAAUCCAGUUCAUCGCAGGGCGGUCUCGGAUCUGAUUAAGGAAAGCCGCCAGACCCUUGCAGAAUGUCUCUUUGCCUGGGCCUGUCAGACACCACUGAGCAAAGAUGACACCUUGUUUAUCAUUUGCCACAUGGAGAGCGUCACGACUGAGGCAGAUGGCACUUUGGAUAACGUAAACCUAGCUCUUCUCAUGGCCCUGCUUUAUUGCUUUGAUAUAAGCUUCUUAGAGAAUGUUACUGAGGAUCGAGAAGAACUGAUUCAUCAACUGCCAUUACUGACAGAAAAACAGUAUGUGACUGCCAUUCACAGCAGGCUACAGAACUCCCAUCCUUGGAAACUGCCAGGUCUUCAGGCUGUGGUCAGACUGGCCUGGGCCUUGGCUCUACGAGGGAUCUCACAAUUGCCAGACACAACAGCUUUGACAGAGUUCACAGAGGCAGAUGAGUUGAUUGCAAACAUGGCGAUAGGACAGAAUGCCUUCCUUUUCCUCACUGAAGCUGUGGUGGGGGCUGAGGGUUUAUACCUGGAUGAGUUCUACAUCCGCAGGAUUCACAACCUCGUUGCAGACUUUUUGACGCUCAUGCCAAUGAAGGUUAAACAGCUGCGGAACCGUGCGGACGAGGACGCCCGGAUCAUCCACAUGAGCCUGCAGAUGGGCACCGAGCCACCUUCCACCCUGCGGCGUGACCUCGAGCACCUGAUGCUGCUGAUUGGGGAGUUGUACCUGAAAGAUCCUUUCAAACUUGAACUUGCCCUUGAGUAUUGGUGUCCGUCUGAACCACUGCAAACCACGGCCACGACUGGUUCCUUCUCGGGUUUGACCCACCAUAGACCACCGCAACGUCAGGUUGUUCUAUCUAAAUUUGUGAGACAGAUGGGAGAUAUGUUGCCCCCAUCUCUCUACCUACCCUACCUUAAGAUGCUGCGUGGACUGGCCAAUGGGCCACAUUGUGCACAUUACUGCUUUAGUCUACUCAAAGUCAAUGGCAGCAGCCAUGUGGAGAAUAUCCAGGUUGUUGGAGGCAACCCGGUGUCAUGGGAACACUUCUUCCAUUCAUUGAUGUUGUACCACGAGCAUUUACGGAGAGACAUCCCGAGCACAGACACCAUACAGUACAGGCACAUGCCACUGAGGGGCAUAACGCAGCGGGAGAUGGACGGCCUCAUCGCCUUCUUGCAACUUACCGCCACCAUCGUCAGCUGGAGUGAGAAUGCUCGUCUGGCUCUGUGUGAACACCCACAGUGGACGCCUAUUGUGGUUAUGUUGGGCUUAAUCCAGUGCAGUAUCCCACCGGUAUUGAAGGCUGACAUACUGAAGGCACUGGCAGCAUUUGGCAAAUCGCCAGAGAUUGCAGCUUCUCUUUGGCAAUCGUUGGAAUAUACACAGAUUUUGCAGACAGUUAGAAUCCCAGGCCAGAGACAAGACACCGGAAUUGAGGUGGAGCUGAAUGAAAUAGAAUCUCGCAGUGAAGAGUAUCCCCUCACCAGGUCAUUUUGCCACCUAAUAAGCACCCUGGUUGAAAGCUCCUUCCCCACAAAUCUUGGGGCUGGGCUCCGUCCUCCAGGAUUUGAUCCAUAUCUCCGGUUCCUCAGGGACGCCGUGUUUCUCCGCUUUCCUACGAGAGCGUACAGGAGAGCUGCAGAAAAGUGGGAGGUGGCCGAAGUUGUGCUUGAAGUUUUCUAUAAGCUACUGAGAGAUUAUGAGCCCCGAACGGACGAUUUUGCAGACCAAAUAGUUGAGCUUCAAGGAGAACUGGUGGUUGCAUACAAGUCUCCAGGAUACAAUCUGAUGUUUCACUUGCUGAAUGAUUCUCCAAUGCUGAGUCUUUGUCUGAGUCUUUUGGAGGAAGGAGUUAAACUGCUAGACACUUGUGCACUGUUCCCUGGUAAAAAGCACCUGGAAAAGGCAGUGGAAUAUUCUUUGGGUCUUCUGGAACUGGCCCUGCAGAAAGAGAAUCAAUUCAUGGAUUGGCUGAGAGAGAGCCACUCCUCUAUCAUAGCCACACCCCUUGAACAGCUGCUGCAGGGCAUCAACCCACGCACCAAAAAGGCUGACCACGUUGUCAACAUUGCACGCUACCUGUGCCAUGGAAAUACCAACCCUGAUCUGGCCUUUGAAAGCGCAAAGAUUCUUUGUUAUAUCUCGCGCUAUCCAAAUAUCCAGGUGAAACUUGUGGGAGACUUUACUCAGGACCAGACUGCAAGUGAAACGUUGAUGGGCGGUUUUGUGGAGUGUUUGGACAGUGAAGGUGCUGAGGAAAUGAUUCAGCCUGAAGAUGCUAUUGUUCCAGAGAAGAAGUGCAGCUUGGUCAGACAUAACAUAAAGAUACAUAUCCUGAACUUGCUGAUAAAUUCCUUGGAACUGAAAGCACCCAACUUGGCGUUCUACUUGCUGGGUUAUGAGGUCCGGAAGCCAGUGAAUGCUACCAAUCUGCAAGAUCCAGGAGUCCUUGGAUGUCCACGAACCUGCCUUCACUCCAUUUUGAAUAUUCUUGAGAAGGGCACAAAAGAAAGAAAUGGACCCGUUGUUGUCAAAGAGUCCCCACAUCUGGCUGAGCUUUGCUAUCAGGUGAUUUACCAGCUGUGUGCUUACUCUGAUACCUCGGGUCCAACCAUGCGAUACUUGAGAACAAGCCAGGAUUUUCUCUUUUCUCAGCUCCAACAUCUGCCCUUUGCAGUUAAAGGCCAUGAGAUCUCAGCCUUGAACCAGAUGUCAUGGCUGAUGAAGACUGCUGGGAUUGAACUGCGUGUGACAUCUCUGAAUCGGCAACGUUCUCACACACAGCGGCUCCUCCAUCUGCUGCUCGAUGAUGUGCCGAUGCGUUCUUAUACCAUUGAUGCCGAGGGAAGCCUUGAAGAAGAUGUGAGAACCAUUACUGGGUUUCUACAGUUUGACAGCACCUCCAAAGUACGUCGAAAGAUCCUCAGUAUUUUGGAUUCAAUUGACUUUCGCCAGGAGAGCACAGAAGAGCUUCAUCUGGACUUCUUCGAUCGUGCUCAAAUUGAGCAGGUCAUCUGUAAGUGUGAGCACAAGAACCAGCAGGGCCAGACUGUCUGCAAUGUGAAGCUCCUCCACAGAGUGCUGAUUGCUGAAAUAAAUGCCCUGCAGGGAAUAGCAGCCAUAGGACAAAGACCUAUAUUAAUGGAGGAAAUCAACACGAUUUUGCAGCACGUGGUGGAGAGGAACAAGCUGCGGGAGUGUCUCCAUGCCAAGAGGCACAUGCUGGAGUCUUGGCGUCAUCUUGUUGAGGUCAUACUUGCAGCAUGUCCCCCAGAUCUCAUUCAGGGGGAGGACCGACAACUGGUCAUCCGGGACCUUCUGCACGAGCUCCACGACAAGAUCCUCAGCGAGGAGGCUGCCCAGGAACUCAUGCCAGUGGUGGCUGGAACAGUGUUCACACUAACCGCUCACCUCAGCCAGACGGUCCGCAACGAGCAGAAGCAGGCACUCAGUGCCCAUUCUCAGAACAUCCUUAAUGGGCGCACCACACCAGGGGAUGUAUCAGCUACCUUUGGCUCCAUUGGGGACUCUUCUCUUCACAUCAUCCUCCGGAAGCUCUUGGAUUUUGUCCUCCAAACCGGUGGGGGUUUCCAACGUGUAAGAGCACACCUCUAUGGAGCACUGUUGUAUUACCUACAGAUGAGUCAGAAGCCCGAUGAACCUGACACCUUGGAAACAGGAAAGCAAACCAUGUGGGAGAGACUCACGGCUCCAGAAGAUGAGUACACCAAGCUGCAAAAGGACAACAUGAACAUCAUAGAGAGUUAUGGGGCAUCGUUGAUGGAAGUUGUCUGUCGCGAUGCUUGUGAUGGGCAUGAAAUCGGUCAAAUGCUUGCACUGGCAGUGUUAGACCGGAUUGUGGCUAUUGACCAGCACCAACAGUGGCUCUACUAUCUCACCAACAGCGGCUACCUCAAGGCAUUGGCAGACAGCUUGGUCCAGGAUGACACCAUCCUUCAGAGCAUGCUCAGUACCAAGCCUCCUUUACUGAAAGCCUUGUACCUUUAUGAAUCCAAAAUGGCAUUCUUGACAAGAGUAGCUAAGAUCCACCAGGGAACUGAGGGUCUUCUGACGGCUGGGGUCAUUGUUCGCUUAUCCCAGUGCCAGGUCUAUGAUCAUCGGCCUGAAACUGAGUCACACAGUAUGCUUUGCAUCCGAGACCCAUCGGGAUUUAUUCCAGCCCCUGUGGAGAGGUAUCGCCAGAUCCUGCUCCCUGCUCUUCAGCUUUUCCAGGUGAUGCUGACCUCCAGCACCGGGAAGCAUCAGCUGGCUGCAAGUCAGGUAUUACAGUUCCUAAUUGCCCAUUCAGAACCCAUCCAGGCCAUCCUACGUUGUCAGGAGAUAACUGCUGGAUCUCUGCGGGAACUGGCACUUUUAACAGGCAUUAUAAGCAAAGCAGCCUUACCAGGUGUGGUAGGUGAGAUAGAAGCAGAAGGCAACUAUGGUACAAUUAUGGAACUUAAAGGUCAUAUCGGGCGUUUCCAGCGUCAGUGUCUGGCCCUGCUCAGCCGCUUUACCAUCUCAGACCGACUUUCUGAGUUCAAGAAACAGCAAGAAGGCACUCAAGUUGGUGGGGUUAACAAGAAGGAUGAAAUGGAACUGGCAAUGCAGCAGAUUUGUGCAAACGUGGUUCAGUAUUGUCAAACGCUUCUGAUACAAAGCAGUGCCGGAUCCCAGCACACAAUUUGUCUCUUUACUCCUAGCCUUUCUGAAGGGACAUCUCGAGAAGGUAGCCGGCAAGAUGCUCAAUUGGCAAUGGUUCCCUACUGGAGACUGCCCAGCCUUGGAGUCGUACUGUUCCUACUGAAGCAAAGUGCAAAUGACUUCUUCAGCAGCUAUGAGAGCCACCGGCAGAGUGUGACUAAGUAUCAGAAUCUGCAACAUCUUCCCCCGGAUGAAAUAAAGGAGCUAUGUCAAGCAUUAGUUCCAGCUGCUGUGGAUAAGAUUUCAGCUGCUCAGCGACAAGUUCUGGCUAGACGGCGGCUUGUGCACCAGAUUAACCAUAGAGCGGAGCUGCUUUCCCUCUACUGUUACAUUGUGGAAAACUGCCUCUUCAUCUUGUGGCGCCAUUUGGAGUAUUACUUCCUGUACUGUGUCCCCUCAGACACUCAUGAUUUUCUGAAUGUCCUGGGUGGGUCCCACAGGGGCAGGGAACUUCAAGAUUCCCAGAAGUUUGGUUCAAAUCCUGAUUCCAGGCGCUUCAUUCUAAGUCAAGUCAACCAACAUGAUCUUGAGCAGCUUCAGAUUGAUGCUGCAGCGAGCUUUGGGGAAUCUCUACAAAAGAAAUUGCUCGAAAUCGAGAGCGUUUAUUGCAGAGUGCGGUCAAGACACUUGUUCAUUCAAGCGCUCGUUCGGCGAAUCCGUGGCCUUGUGAGGAUAAAGAGGACUUGAUAGUCUUCUCAAUCACACUACUGUACACAUCCACCCGCUCUUUUCUCUUGACCCUCUUUUUCAAUUUGUUUUCUGUAAGGCUCACAAAACCAGUACAAUUUUUUUAUUGUUGAAGACCGAUCUGUAAUUACAAAUAAAAUGUUAUUUUCCAGAUAAGAUAAAGUUCAGCAUCUAGA